UCAAUUCAAACUUUGUGAACAUUAUAGAGUAGAGAGAGAGAAAGAAAGAGAGAGAGAGAGAGAGAGAGAAGGGUUAGAGAGGCAAGAGGCAAUAGCGAAGCCCUAACCCUAACCCUCUCUCUCUUGAUUGAAGAAAGGAGGGAAGAAGAAGAAGAAGAUGAGUGGACAAGUGGGUCCUACUACUGGUCCAAGAAGGAACAGUGUGACCCAGAAACAACGUGGUCCUUCCACCGUCAAGAGAUCCUCUUCUUCCGACAACAAUGGAAAUGGAAUUGCUCCCAAACCCUCUUCUCCUCCUCUUCCUCAAUCUGGUGCUGGCGUGGAAAGGACGGUGAAGAAGCUGAGAUUGUCGAAAGCACUCACGAUUCCUGAAGGAACCAGCGUUUCCGAUGCCUGCCGGAGGAUGGCGGCUCGUCGCGUCGACGCCGUGCUCUUAACGGAUGCCAACGCCUUGCUUUCUGGAAUCCUUACUGAUAAGGACAUUGCCACAAGAGUUAUAGCAGAGGGUUUGAGACCAGAACAAACGAUAGUAUCGAAAAUCAUGACGCGUAAUCCUAUAUUUGUUACUUCAGAUUCGCUUGCUAUUGAAGCUCUUCAGAAGAUGAUCCAAGGCAAAUUCAGACACCUACCAGUUGUAGAAAAUGGUGAAGUAAUUGCCUUGCUAGAUAUUACAAAGUGCCUUUAUGAUGCUAUAUCUAGAAUGGAGAAGGCUGCUGAACAGGGUAGUGCAAUUGCUGCUGCAGUUGAAGGGGUGGAGCGCCAGUGGGGAAGCAAUUUUUCUGCUCCACAUGCAUUUAUAGAGACAUUGAGGGAUCGGAUGUUCAAGCCUUCCUUGUCAACUAUCAUUGCAGAAAAUGCGAAGGUUCCAAUUGUAUCACAAUCAGAUCCUAUAUGUGUUGCUGCAAAAAAGAUGCGGGAGUUGCGGGUUAAUUCGGUUGUCAUUAUGAUGGGGAACAAGAUUCAGGGGAUACUUACUUCGAAGGAUAUCCUCAUGCGAGUGGUUGCACAAAAUCUCUCUCCUGAAUUGACUCUGGUGGAAAAGGUAAUGACACCAAAUCCGGAAUGUGCAACUUUAGAGACAACAAUUCUUGAUGCUCUGCAUAUAAUGCAUGAUGGGAAGUUUUUACAUCUUCCGGUUUUAGACAAAGAUGGAGGUGUCGUGUCUUGUGUUGAUGUCCUACAGAUAACCCAAGCGGCAAUCUCCAUGGUUGAUGGUAGCUCUGGAGCUGUUAAUGAUGUGGCAGGCACCUUGAUGCAAAAGUUCUGGGAUUCAGCACUUGCAUUAGAGCCACCUGAUGAUUAUGAUACUCAUAGUGAAAUGUCUGGAUUUAUGGCUUCUGAUGGGGCAGAGCAAGGGAAGCUUGGUAGCUAUCCAUCUCUUGGUCUUGGAAAUUCAUUUGCCUUCAAAUUUGAGGAUCUAAAGGGUCGUGUACAUCGAGUGAAUUGUGCCGCAGAAAAUUUGGAUGAGUUGGUAUCUGCUGUAGUGCAAAGGAUUGGUGCUGGUAUUCACACAGAUCAUCCUCAGCUUUUGUAUGAAGAUGAUGAUGGUGAUAGAGUUCUACUAGCAACCGAUAGUGAUCUUGUUGCUGCUAUCAGUCAUGCUAGAUUAGUUGGACAGAAGGUUUUGAGGUUGCAUCUGGACUCUUCUGAUUCAAGCCAAUUGACAAAACCAGAGUCAGGUAGUUCUACCAUGAACGGAUAUGGUGGGAUGACUCUUCACUUCGGAAUUUUGGCAGGCGCGGUUGUUUUAACAAGCAUCGGUGUUUUGGUCUACUUAAAGCGCUCUAAGAUCUGAGGUUAUGCUGAUUUUAUGGAAGCAAAAAUAUUAGGAUCAUGAGGUUAACUGAGGGCUUGAUUCCAGCAUCUGAUAAUUGUUGAAAAAAUAAUUCAGCCCAAAUCAUACGGAGAACACUGCAAAUGUGAUAAUUAAAGCAGGUCAUGUUAUGCGUGUUCUAUUGUAAAAUUGUGAAACAGAUGCAUAUUUUUUUGUGCAAGAGGAAAUUAUUAAGAACUAGAGCCAUUCUUAUGUCCAGUAAUUUGGCUUCAUACUGCAAUCCCUUAAUACGUUGUACGCAGAACGAUGCUUUUGGUGCAACACCUUUGGGAUGAAAUAAUGUCUCAUAUUAAUAUAGAUGAUACUGUUCACUGUUUCAAA